GUAGCACACAUCCAUAACCCAGAGAGGACCGGAAGAGGAGGAGCUUCGCUCGGACCUGGGGCCGCCAUCUUGGCUGAGGUGGCCGGAAGUGUCCGGAGCGCGGGCGCGAACUGAGGCUGCGCAGCGGCUGCCGGUCUGGGGCUUCCGCGGCGUUAUGACAGCGGUUCCCACGCUGUGGAGCCCCGUCCGGCUGCUACACGGGCCCCUCUGCCGUUACACCCACUCCUGCCGCCGUCCAACCCUUCCGUCGGGGUUUGCACAGCGGUUCGCACGCCCCUCGGCUCUUCUACGCGCUGUUCCGCCUGCCUGCCCGAAAACAUGCUGCAGAACCCCGAGCGCGGGGGUCUCCCGGACCCUCGGGCAGAGGGGGAGCAGCAUGGCGGCCGUGACGGUGAGACCCAGGCCUUGACCGUCUCUCAGGAGGGGGCUUCGAGCCCCCUCCUACAGGAGACCCCCAGGGGGGACCUCAGCGCGGUGAGGUAGGACACCGCUGCGGAGCCCGCCCCCGCCCAGAAAGGCGCCAAAGUCCUGACGCGGUGCCCGGUCCGCCGCCGCCUGAGCCGGACGGUGGCCGAGUGGGUGCAGUUUUUGCUGGCGGAGGACAGGAAGAGUCCCAUCACACGCUCCGAGAUGGUGAAAUGAGUUAUCGGAGGCUUGAAGGCGCGCUUCCCGGAGAUCAUCGCGAGGGCCGCAGAGCAUUUGCGGUGUGCGGUUGGUUUCGAGCUGAAACAGCUUGACCGGCAAGCCCCACACUUGAUCAGAAAUCUCACCUGAUUACAUCCUGAUCAGAAAUCUCACCCUCUAGAGGAGGAGGAGGAUCUAGGAGGAGAUGGCCCCAGAUUGGGUCUCUUAGUGAUGAUCUUGGGUCUUAUGUAAAAAGGUAAUAGUGCCAAGGAGACCCAAAUCUAGGAAAUGCUGCGUAGUUUGGGGGUACUUACUUCAAAGUAUUACUUCCCCUUUGGGUACCCAAGGUUAGUGGAAGAUUUUGUGCAACCGCAAUACAUCAGUUGCAGGCAGGUGCGUCACACCAGUCCACCGGAAUAUGAAUUCUUUAGGGGUCCCCGAAGUGACCUGGAAAUCAGCAAGAUGAAAGUCCUAGGGUUUGUGGCUACGCUCCAUGAGAAACAACCCCAGCACUAGCCAUUGCAGUGUCGUGAGGCUGCAGCAGACAAGGCCAACGGGGCCAGAGUGAAGGCCAUGGCUGAAGCCAGUAUGAUGAUUAGAGCCUGCACCGGCCGGUGGUGAGGAUUGGUGGAAAGGCCCUGUGGAUGUGGAAGCCACUGUCUUGAGUCAUUAGUAUAGUUGGGGGAAGAAUCAUUUACAAAGAAAUUAUGUAACUUUGUAGGUUUUGUAUCUCGUUAGGGUGUAUUGCAUUUAAUAUACUGUUAAAAUGUAUAUAAAUGAAAUUGGUCUUUCUGUAGAGUUUUGCUAGCUUUUUUAAAAUGAAUUGAAAAACUUUACUGUGAUCUUGAAAAGAUUAUGCAGCGUGGGAAUGCUGUUAUUUAAAUCGUUUGAAGGAUCUUAGCAUUAUGAUGAUGCAGUAGUAGGGAAAACAGCUGAUUCAGUGUCUAGCCUCCAACACUUUGUUUACUGUAUAUUUUUUAAAAAGACUGACAUGCACCAUUAUUUGCUUAGAUGUUAUAGUAUCUGGAAAAAUAAUCCAGUAAGUUAGAAGUAUACCCUGUACACUUAAUAAAUUAAACACGUGUUGAUAGCA